AUGUCUGCCGAUUCGACAGACCCUUCAGCCUACCCGGCCUUGGCUGAGGCUGUUGCCGCCGUUCAUGAACACGAAGCUCACGCCCACGCUCAGGUCGCUGCUGCUGCCGCCGCCGCCGCUGCCGUCGCCGCAGAAGGUGAUGCAGCAGCAGCAACAACAACAACAACAACACAAGUUCAAGCUGCUGAACCUGGAUCGGAAUCAAGAUCGGAAUCUGGAAAUACAAUCAUCACUGGACCUGGAGUCGUAGCUGGCCCCGAAGCUGAUACUGCAACUGGGACUGGACCUGGAUCCAGACCUCAGCCUCCGUCGCCGCAGAAUCCACAACCUCAUCACCAUCAUCCUCAUCCUCACCACUACCCCGAUCAACACCACUCUGAGCAGCAGCAAACGCCGCCGACUCACGAUCAGCACCAGGCUCACGCUGCACCGCCGCCAGAAUCGUCCUCGCAAAGCGACAAUCACCAACUUCCCACCUCUCUCCAGUAUGACGACGGCCUUUCGGUUGCCGCCACUGCUGUUGCCCAUCAUGGACUACAGGCUCUCGAGGCUGCGACUGCUACCGCCGUCGCCCCGAGUCCUCUGGCUCAGCAGUAUGCCCAGUCCGCUUCAAUGCAUGUUGCCGAGGUCGCUCCGUAUACUCCCAUGACUCCCCAGCAGUCUGUACACAAUGGCGCCUCCAUGAGCCCUACUCCAUUGCAACCGCAGCCGCAACCUCAGCCUCAGCAACCACCUCACCAGAUGCCACCACACCCGCCGCUGCUGCAGCAACAGCAACAACAACAACCGCCGCCGCCGCCACAGCAGGCUGCCCAAAAGGUGACAAGACUUCGCCGGGCUUGUGACAUGUGCAGUUCGCGCAAAGUAAAGUGUGACGAGAGUGGUCCGCCAUGCAAGCCGUGCAAGGACUUGAACGUCGAAUGCACCUUUUCGAGAGAGAUGAAGCGGCGCGGCCCCCCGAACAAACAUGCAGAGGCGGCCAAGGCGGCCAAACGAGCCAGAAUGGAAGGACUUUCACCGGUUCAGAACAUCACCGAUGCCCGGGUCAUCCUCGGCGGCCAGGCCAAUGUCCUUGAUGCCGAGGUCAUUGCCCCUUGGCCAGUCUUGACUCUCUUGGUAGAUGACUUCUUCACCUACAUCCAUCCUCUCAUGCCCUUUCCUCAUGAGCCGACCUUCCGGGCAGCUUUCAAUGCUCGGGCCGAUAGGACGAGCACCGAGUUCCUUGCCCUGCUUGCCAGUAUGAUAGGCGUUCUCGUAGCAUCUUUUCCACGAAGUGCUCGUGCACAUCUCAAGGCGACGCAUAGCACCAACCUCUUUCCGACGGCCAUAACCAUGAUAGAUCGCUGUCGCGCCGUGGCAAUGGACGCCCGCGGAUCGACCUACAUGGCCAAGGAAGACAUGACUGUCGACGACGCAGCUACAAGCUACUUCCUAGCUCUAUCAGCUGCCUAUACCUUGCAAUGGAAGACAUGCAAGAGAUUCAUGGCUGAAACCAUGACCUUCUGUCGGGAACUGCUAGCUCACCGACGAUCAGACGCUGUUUCAAGCGUAGCCGACAUAGCAGCCGCUUUGAGCGGCACCAACAGGGCAAUGAAUCACAUCCAGGAUCAAAUAAGCAAGCGCAUCUUUUGGGUCAUGGUGGCUGGGCUUCGUUCAAUGACGCAGCUAGGCGCGUCCAUCAACGAGAUACCGCUCCCGCCACCAACCACACAGGAACCAUACCCUGAUUUGCCAGUCGAAGUUGACGACGAGCUCAUAUAUCCACAUCAAAUUCUUGCCCAGCCUGAAGGUACCACGGCACUCAUUACCGGCUUCAACCACAAUGUAAACACGUACAUGGCCAUGAAUGAGCUUGUCGGCGUUGACAUGUGCUACGGCAUCAACUUUUUUGAAUGGUCUGCCCAGAAAUCCAUGUUGAGCAACGCGCUCUCCUCUACGAAGGCCCAUCUGGAGAGGCUGCCUGACUCGCUCCAGAUCAAGAUUGAUCCGGCGCAGCUCGAGAAUGGCCUUGGAGCCGUGGCUGAUGACCCAAACCUGCGGUACUACCCGCCAGCAUUCCCGGCAACUCAACCACCCAAUGACGUACGUCACGCCUUGGCCGAGGAUCCUCACCGACGAAGGCGGUUACAGUUGGAGAUCCAGAAAGCCAACAUUUAUGCAUCUCAGCUGGCCACCCGUUCGUAUUUUGUCGAACGCUAUCUAAAUCUCCGUGACAACCACAAGGCACAGGAACACGCGGCCACGGGCGACGCGAAAACCAAUGGCGACGUGCGUGAUGAGAUGGAUAACAUGGUGUAUGAAGAGCGCGAGGCCAUCAUCAAGAACUUGCUCACAGUCCUCACAUCCAUCACUCAACGCAACAUGGAGCCAAAUGGGGUCUCACUGGUCAACAAGAUCCGGCAGAUUGCAAGCACACUGCUCAAUGAUGCUCCAGAGCGUAAGGGGCCAGUAGCAAAACAAGCGGAAGAAUACCUGGGCAAGUUUCUUGAGAUACUGGUCAAGCUGGAGCGCACUGGCGCCAAUACUGCGCCUGGUACCAUGACACCGCAGGAUGAAGAUGACGAGCUACAACACUGGGCGAGCCUGCGGGACUACCAAAUUCAGUUUGUCAAUAGUGGCGGCUUCCUUGGGUCCUCGUACUAG